AAAAACCGUUCAGACGACAACGUUUUGGAGCAGGGCAACAUGAGGGAAUGAAAAACCCUUCUCUGAAAUUUGAAUCGUGAAGCAGAGAGCGUGAAGGUGAAGAGCGACAAAGCAAAUCACUGAAGAGGCUAUUGCUGCUUCUGAAAUCUGUUAUUCGAAUUAGGAUCAUAUGGCUUUGCGAGGGGUUUGGCAACUUCAGAAGCUCAUUGUCAGUUAUUGUGACUGGGGUGGAAGUAGCAGAGGUAUAAGGGCAUUUAUGGAGUCGCAUUUGCCAAUGUUUAAGGAGAAGAAUCCUCAAUUAGAGUUGGUUACUGAGCUCAUUCGUGGUCAGCAUCCACAUUUGAAGGGUUUUUAUAAGAACACAAACCAGCGAGUGGUAUGUGUGAAGAAUAUGGAUCCAGAAGAAAUACUUUUGCAUGCAACCAGGCUAAGGAAUGCAUUGGGACGGAAGGUAGUGAAAUUGAGGACAAGACAUGUUACUAAACACCCUAGUGUGCAAGGUACUUGGACAACUGCUGUGAAAUACUAACAUGAAAGAACCAGGUGUACGAGAAAGUUUUCUAUGAUGUAUUUCAAAGGAUUUUCCUUCUCUUCUGGUAUUUAAUGAAUUUGUGAACUAGUGAGUUUAAGUUCUCAUCUUGUCCGGCAGAAUUUUUAUUUUCUAGGAUAAACGUGAUAUUGGUUCCAUUCAAAGCUCUGUUAUGUUUUAGCGGAGGGAGUGUGCAAUUGUCAAAGGAAGAAAUAUUUACUAC